AUGCCGGCCUCAUCGUCGCAUCCUGCAGCCUUUGCUGCUCAACCUUCGGAGUUGAUAGUCUCUUUCCUUGACCAGCAACUUGCUCGCCGGGAGCCCGAGAGAAAGGAAGAACUGGAGGAAGAACUGGAGGAUGAUGACAUCUACAGAGGAGACCCUCCCCCUUCUCUACGACCCCAGAGACCCGAAUCAGUCUCGUCUUCCUCGUCCUCGUCUUCCUCAUCCUCCAGCUCGAUUUUAGCUAGCGGUCGUCUCGGCGCCAUUGCUACCGUGGUCGAACGGGCGAUCACCCGCUGGGCCCGUGCCAACUGGUCCACGUCCUCGCUAAGCUCGGAUUCAACCACAUCCUCGUCUCGGUCUUCCUUCCGCACCACCAACAAGUCCGUCAAUCGCCGGCACAAGCGGCGGUUGAGCGUCGCAGACCUGAACAGGGCCCAGUCAGAGCGCGAGGUUGCAGCCAGAAUCAAGGCUCGGGAGGAGCGUCGUUAUGUUUCCCGAGAGUUCUCUCUGUAUCUGCCACCUUCCUACGCAGGCUUCCAGCGGCUACCUGCAGGAUCGCAGCUGGGGUCCUACGAUCAGCGUGCUCUCCACACAACAUCGUUGUCACUGAUAUUAACAGAGCUAGAUGCAGCACUCAAGCGGCCCAUCAAGCCUCGUCGACCCCGGCAGAGGUCGCGUAUUCCAAAGAAGGGCACCUCCACCUUAUCACCAGCAUCUUUUCCUCAACAGGAUUAUAUGUUACUACAGACUGAUGAGGUUUCAAACCGCUUUGCAACAUCUUCUGACCUUCCUCUACCUCAAAAGGGAGGAAAAGGCAAACAGAAGGAUAUAUCGAGUCCCAUUCCCAGUGUCAUCGGUGGAGUGACAUUGGCUCCAGACCAGACGGUCCAACAAGCGUGGUGGCUGGACGUUGCUAGCCCUACAUGGGAAGACAUGCGCGCGAUAGGCAAACUAUUGCAUCUUCAUCCUCUGACUCUCGAGGAUAUCUUGCAGCAGGAACCUCGGGAGAAGCUGGAACUUUUUCCAAAGUUGGGAUACUAUUUUCUCGUCAUUCGGGCCAUAGAAUCCAAUAGAACACGCGAGCGGUUAAACAUCCUUGACGAUAGGAGUAACGAUGAUGGUUUCGUUGAUGAAGUUUAUGUAUACCUCGUUGUUUUCAAAGAGGGACUAUGCUUGUUUCAUUUUUCAGAUAUAUCGGAACAUACCGAACGUGUUCGCACUAAGUUAUCGAUUCGAGGAGAGAAUUUCAGCAUGUCGUCUGCUUGGAUUGCCCACGGAAUGCUUGAUUCCAUAGUUGACGGUUUUUUCCCUUUCGUGCAGGCGAUGGAAGCAGAAAUAGUAGCUGUAGAAAACAUCGUGUUUUCUGAUGGCGUGGUCCAGGCGCCGACCAAGUUGCCCGCUCUUGAAGUCAAGGCUACGUCUUUAACUGUGCCAAAGACGCGCGACAGCGAGAAACCCUUCCUUCUUUCAACUAUUAGUGACGAGAAACAAUCCUCGCGGAAAGAUGUAGCAUCCAUAAAACCCUCCAAAACUCAUUUUUCUCUCCCCCGUCCGACGCUGUCCUUGACAUAUCAUCGGUUCAAGCGAACUCUCCAUCGGACUUGGUCAGGGUUGAUUUCUUCAAAGUCGACUACGUAUGCCCAACUAGCCAACAACCCGACGUCCUUGACUUUGAAACGUAUGACGAGGGUGAGGAGGCUUGUUACCUCAGUGGGGCGGGUGCUUGUCACGAAGUCUGAGGUCGUCACUCAGCUCCAGAAGCGACUACUCACUGCCGAUGAACAUGGCCACUUAAAUGCGGGAGGAGACGAUGUGGAGGUCGCAAUAUAUAUGGCCGAUGUCCAAGCUGUUGUAGAUCAUAUCCUCACUUUGCAGCAGUCACUCGCACAUUACGAGCGCAUGCUCAGCCAGUUGCAACCUACCUACCUAAACAACCUGCGGGUCGCCCUCUCCCUUGGGAGGUCAAGCGGCGACAAGGCGAUCUUCAUCCUUACUUUUGUCAGUAUGGCCGUCCUUCCCCCGCAAAUAAUUAUUGGCCUAUUCUCGACGAAUGUAAACAUUCCUACCAACAUUCCAGACGGUCACUUCUACAUAUUUGGGGGCAUUGUCGUGGGUGUCUUCAGCAUCUUGUGUAUUUACACUCUCCUGGUCUGGUAUUGGUGGAGACAAAGGAGGAGAAACAUUGUCUUAUAA